AUGACCGUUUCCACCCCCUUAUCUUCCUCUGAGCCCUUGACUGUGCUCGUGUCAAAACGGGCGGUGCUCACCUUGCCCGAUAACAGCCUUAUCUUGUCACCAGCAACCAUAUCAGUCUCCCCUUCCACUGGGAAGAUCAUCUCCAUAACCCCAGAGGUCGUCCCGCCCUCUUCUUUCCCACCAUCAACCACGUACGUGGACCAUGGCUCCAAGCUCCUCCUGCCGGGCCUGGUCGACGCUCACGUUCACUUGAACGAGCCCGGCCGGACAGAAUGGGAGGGGUUUGCUACCGGAACCCGUGCUGCGGCGUCUGGGGGCGUGACGACCGUGAUCGACAUGCCCUUGAAUGCCAUCCCGCCGACGACAACUGUUCGGGGCUUCGAAGAGAAACUGGCUGCCAGCCAGGGGCAGUGCUGGGUUGACGUCGGCUUCUACGGUGGUGUAAUACCUGGCAACGCAGACCAGCUGGUUCCACUGGUGGAAAUGGGCGUGAGAGGGUUCAAGGGAUUCCUGAUCGAGAGUGGUGUCGACGAGUUCCCUGCCAUCUCCUCCAAUGAUAUCGAACACGCCAUGCGCGCCCUCGCCGGGCGGCCCACGACCCUCAUGUUCCACGCAGAGAUGAUCCCUCCCAUCAGCGACAGCGUCGGAGACGCCGUCCAGGCAUCACAACCACCACUCGCCCCCACAGGCGAGCUGACAGCCUACGACACCUUCCUCGACUCGCGCCCACCCGUCUUCGAGACCUGCGCCGUAGAGGAGAUCCUGUCGCUCGCCCACCUGGCACCACAGCUGCACCUGCACAUCGUGCACCUGUCCGCGACAGAGUGCAUCCCGAUCCUGAAGCAGGCCCGCAAGGCCGGCAUCAACAUCACGGCCGAGACGUGCUUCCACUACCUGGGCCUCGCGGCCGAGGACGUCGAGGACGGCGACACCAGGCACAAGUGCUGCCCGCCGAUCCGGUCGCGCAUCAACCAGGACGGCCUGUGGGCGGAGCUGUGCGCCGACGACCCCGCCGACAGCGUCAUCAAGACGGUCGUCUCGGACCACAGCCCCUGCACCCCGGAGCUGAAGCUGCUGCCGGGCCACCUGCAGCGCCCGCACCCCGCCGUCGCGGACGUCGCCGAGGGGUCGCUGAUCCACUCGGACUCGGGCGUCGACGUCACCAUGCCGGGCGAGGCCAACAAGGCCGGCGCGCGCGCCGCGGGCGAGGGCGAGGGCGCGGGCGACUUCUUCGCGGCGUGGGGCGGCAUCUCGUCCGUGGGGCUGGGGCUGCCGGUCCUGCACACGACGGCGAAGAGGCUCGGCCAGCCGCUGACCAUCCUCGACAUCGUGCGCCUGUGCUCGCAGGCCACGGCCGCGCAGGUGGGGCUGGCGCACCGCAAGGGCGGGCUCAAGGCCGGGCUGGACGCGGACGUGUGCGUGUUCGACGACGCCGAGGAGUGGACGCUCGGCUGCGGCGGCAUGCACUGGAAGAACCGGUGCUCGCCGUGGGAGGGCAAGCGGUUCACGGGCCGGGUGCGGGAGACGUGGCUGCGCGGGCGUAAGGUGUAUGAGUUCGGCGGCGCGGAUGGGGGCUUUGUCAGCGGUGGUCCUGUCGGCGAGGCUAUCGUUGAGAAGAGGACGGUGUAG